CGUCUCCCGCGAGCUCCAGCCCAGACCCCCGCGCUUCCCUCGCCAGCACCCGCAGCCGCCGGGCAUCCUCGCUGGGCAGCGCCCCGGGGCACCCACCAACUUUCGCAGGGCUGCCAAACUUUUAAAGCAGACAUUCCUGCCGCUGAACUUGAAACUAGCGCUAUGAGGCAAAAACGGAAGAACAUGAUGGAGACUGUGGUCUUUUGGUUGAUGCUUCUGACCCCUGGAUGGACCCUCGCCGGCGGGUCGGGAAGGGAAGCCGAUUUCACAUGGCACCUGAGCCCGAUGCCCCGGGUGGUCAGCGCAAGGACUUUCCCCCUGAGCAGCCCCUCGUUCCAGGCCGAGGUUAAGACGGUGAUGGGUCCGGCGUGCGGCAUCGAGUGCCAGAGGGAGCUCCCGGCGCCCAGCCUGUCGGAGCUGGAGGAUGCCCUUUCCUUCGAGACGGUCUUUGACAACGGCACCCGCACCUUCACCAGGGCCAGAGUCCUAGGCCUGGACCCCGAGCAGCUCCGUGCGAACAGCACGGCCCAAGGAGCCCCCGUUAGGCGCAAGAGACACGUGUACGGCACGGACAGCCGCUUCAGCAUCGGGGACAGGAGGUUUCUGACCAACUUCCCGUUCAGCACCGCCGUGAAGGUGUCCACCGGCUGCAGCGGGGUGCUCGUGUCCCCCAACCACGUGCUCACAGCCGCCCACUGUGUCCACGACGGGAGGGACUACGUCAAAGGCAGUAAAAAGCUGCGGGUGGGACUGCUGAAGGUGAGAAAUAAAGGGGGCCGCAGGGGGUCCAAGAGGAGCCCGAGAGGAGCCCAGGGAGGUGGCCCAGGCGCAGGGGCCCAGGAGCAUCCCCGGGGGAGAGCCCGGGGAAGACGCAGGAAGGCAGCUGGAGGGCGUCGGAGGACCACCGAAGGGAAGCCCACUUUCCAGUGGACCCGGGUCAAGAGCACCCACGUCCCCGGAGGCUGGGUGAGGGGGGAUGGGGCGGAGCCGGCCCUGGGCUACGACUACGCGCUCCUGGAGCUGAAGCGCGCGCCCGGGCGGCGGCACAUGGAGCUGGGGGUGAGCCCGGCCCUGGGCAGGCUGCCCGCGGGGGGCAGGAUCCACUUCUCGGGCUUCGACGCCGACCGGGCCGAGCAGCUGGUCUACCGCUUCUGCGGCGUUUCCGACGAAUCCGCGGAGCUCCUGUACCAGUACUGCGACGCGGAGGCCGGCUCGGCGGGCGCGGGCGUCUACCUGCGGCUCCAGGAGCCCGGCGAGCGGCGCUGGACCCGCAGGGUCGUGGCCGUCUUCUCGGGCCGCCGGUGGGUGCAGGCGCACGGCGCGCGCAGGGACUGCAACGUGGCGGCGCGCAUCACGCCGCUCAAGUACGCGCAGCUGUGUCUCUGGAUGCACGGGAACGACGCGCACUGCGCCUAGGCUAAGGGGCGCGCACAAAGCCCGGGGUCCUCGCCCGGGGUUGGAACCUACCAAUAGCAUAUCAACACUUUUACUUUGUGUAUGUGUAUGUGUGUGUGUGUGCAAACUUUAUCAACGUUAGGAUACGCUCGUACAUUUAAAAAAACAAAACAUUUUAGGUACAGAUAUAUUGAAAGUAGAUGGGCACCUCCAAUGCCAACUAUAUACUCGUCUUUACAUGGUGCUAAGUUUCGCUGGUGGGAAAAAUAAGUGGUUUUUUUGUAUACUUUCUUUGAAAUUCGAUGCUAUUUAUAACUUCAGACUUGUACUGUAAUAGGUGACUUUUCAAUGGACUCGUUCCUAGGAUCACAGUGUAGGGAAGAACUAACACGAUACCAGCGUGGGUGAAACGUGAGCCGAAUAUACCAAGGUGGACAGUAACAUAAUCAGCGGCAGGAGGGAGACAGGGAGAUUUCUUUUUAUUGCUCCAAGCUGGAUCCAGUCUACUCCUUCCCUCAGUGCUUACUUAUCUUUACUCUUGAACUUUGGAAAAGUAGUUUUUUGUUUUUAUUUUAAAUACAGAAUGAAAUGCAUAAAAAUAAUUACCUAUCAAAAGAAACAGCAAGCUUUUUAAACAAAACUAUUAUUAACUACUGCCUUAGAAGCAUUAAGAGUUGUAUCCCUUUAAAGAUGAGAGAAAUGGUUUGUUGUACACAAUAAGUCAAGUUUAGAAAUAAGGAAGCUGAGGCACCUUAACACUUCAAAUUUUUAUUUGCUACUCAAAACAUGAAGUUUUCAUGCUUGCACGUGGAAGGCAUUCAACAAACUAUGGCCAUGUCCUGAAACAACAAACUAUGGCCAUGUCCUGAAGGCCACAUUGUCGAGACUGUCCGUUGUACUGUCCGUGAGGUGCUACAUUUUUAAAGCAAGAAAUUCUGUAAUUCUUUUCAAAAGAGAAACAGCACAACACCCUCUCUUCCUGUUUCAAAAGGCAGACGGUCAUUGACGGUGAGAACAAAAACAGAGCAGGCACUCAGUGUGUGUCCACGCACAAGCAAAUGUGUGGUGAAUGGCUAUAAAAGGGCUUAGUACAGGGCAUUACGCUUGCAUAGCUUCAACAAUCUAUACCCAGGUACCUGCUAAAGCGCAGUAACUGCCUGAUUUUUGUUCUGCUCUUUCUGGCAGGUUUUAGGGCCACAUUCUCAUUUCUCAUGAUACAAUUCACUGAUUCAUUCCAAGGUACCCCCCCUUUUCUUUGAAAAAUAGGUCCUAAAAUAAUGGAAGAUUGCAUUCUCAACUAGUAUGCAAGAGAAUAUUUCAUUAGAUAUCAUGAGAGAUUUUGUAAAUGGUGCUCAAAAUAGUUGAAAUUCAAUACAAGUGCACAUUCUUUAUGAUGUGAGUUGUUAACAAUAAUUCAAUAAAAUUAUAAAAAUAAA